UAAUAAAUAAAUUAGCAUUAUAUAAAAUUAGAAAAUUGUUAUCCCAGCAACUCUGGUAAUAAAUAUAUAUUAUCUUAUUUUUGAAAUUUUAUUUAUUUUUAAAUUUUAAAGCAAAGCCCCCUCCCCUCCCCAAAAUAAAAUGUUUCUGAAAAAUAAGGAUACCUCAUCAAGUGACACUAUGAGUUAUAGACGUAAUAUCCGCGUGGCUAAAAGCUUAAGUGAGGCUGAUGCAAAUGUUUCAAGAAAUGAUCAACCAAAGAAGGAAGGAAUGAACUCAAUUUUUUUCUACUCCAAGAUUUUUGCCUGUACCCUUUUGAUUUGGGCUUCACAAUGUUCGUAUAGCCAUACCAACUUUAGCAGUUCUCAUGAUGAGGCGUACACUGCAGGAAACGUAGAAAACGUAGCUUUCAACAGAUCCUUAGCAUCAAAUGAACCACAGGGAAACUAUCCACAAGGUCCACAUGGAUCUCAUAUGCCAGAAGGCGACAAUGGUCAACCGUAUGCAGCACCUUUAAAGCUAAAUAUAGAUAUUGAACAAAAAUUGAAAGACUUGAAAGAUGUCAUUUGGGACAAAGUAGAAAAUGCAGUUGAAUGGGGAACUCUAUCAGAUAAUGUAAAGAGUUAUUUAGAAAAAGUCGAUUCAAACAUUGAAAGCAAAAUUGUUGAUGAAGUGAACAAAGCCAACAGAGAUAGCAAUUUAAUGGAAAAGCCAGAUACCAAAACGCAGAUAAUCAAUAGUUUCUCCCAGAAUUAUACCAUUAUAACUCCACCCCUAUUGUUAUUACUCUUAUCCAUUUUGACAUCCGAAAGAUGUAAGAAGCAUCUGGCAAACAUAUUGUUGACAUCUAUUUUGGUAGUAAUGACCUAUAUCUUCUUUAAACUGAAAAAAAUGGAUGAUAUUAAAAAACAUAAUGCCAAUACUAACCAGGGCUAUAACAACGAGGGUAAAUAUAAUAUUAAAAAGUCUAAGGAUAAAUUUAAAGGUGCCUAUGAGUAG